AUGUCAGAUCAGGACUCGAUAGAUGGCGGAAUGCAGGAUCUGUUCCAGGAACCCGAAGAGUAUUAUAAGCCCGCUCCAGAGCCGCAUUUUGCAUGUUAUGAACGGACGGCCAUCAGUGACAUUUCAGUCUCGCGCAAGGCGAAUAUUAGACUGCGACUUGUCGGGUCUUCACCUUUGUGGGGUCAUUUGCUGUGGAACGCCGGCAUAUACUGUGCGAAACACCUUGACAAAAAUCCGGAACUAGUUCGUGAUAAACACGUUUUGGAGCUUGGGGCAGCAGGUGCACUUCCUUCGCUUGUCGCUGGGCUUAUUGGCGCGAAAAAAUGCGUUGUGACAGACUAUCCAGACGCAGAUUUGCUCGGUAACAUCCAGUACAACAUGGAUCACGAAUUGUACGACCAAACGCGAGCCAAGAACGUCGUGGUCGAAGGUUACAUCUGGGGUAAUGACUAUGCACCACUGUUGUCUCAUUUGGGCGACGACCGCUCUAAGAAAUUCGAUCUCGUAAUUCUAAGCGAUUUGGUGUUCAACCAUACAGAACACGAAAAAUUGUUGCAGACAACCAAGGAUCUUUUAUCCGCUAACGGUAAGGCACUCGUAGUGUUUUCGCCACAUCGACCAUGGCUUUUGAGUGCGGAUUUGCAGUUUUUCGAAACGGCUCGUGAAUUUGGGCUUGAGCCGCACCAGAUAGAAAUGGUCAACUGGAAACCUAUGUUUGAAGAAGACGCGGAAACUGCAGAGAUCAGAUCAAGAGUUUAUGCAUACUAUCUUAUGCAUUCUUUGUGA